AUGACGCCCAAGACUAAAGACGGCCAUAUCUGGGAGCCUCACACUGGCUUUCAGAAAGGACUCGAGAGAGACGCUGUUAUCUCGCCUCAGCGAUCCAUUUCUUCUGCCAACAAAGUCUACGAUGUUAUUGUCAUUGGAGCUGGAUAUGCUGGUCUAGCGGCGGCUCGUGACCUCAGUCAAUUGAAUCAUUCUGUCCUACUGCUAGAAGCACGAGAUCGAAUUGGCGGCAGGACAUAUACUGCCAAGAAAGAUGGAUUUCUCUAUGAGAUGGGAGGAACUUGGGUCACUCACCAUAUGGGCUACUUGUUUAGAGAAAUGACGCGAUACAACAUGGACCGUGAUCUCAUUACUACGGGAAGUCCGGACAUGCACAAAGGGUAUUACACUAUCGAUGUACCAGGUGCUACACCGCGCAAGCUCAGCCACAAGGAAGCCGGCGCAAUGCAAGCCAAAGCCUGGGACAUGUUCGUCAACGUCGACGGCCAAUUCGGUCGUACCAUCUGCCCCCUCCCCCACGCCCAGCUUGACAAUCCCAUCGUCGAUCGAUCUACCGUUGAGAAGUGGGAUCAACUAUCCUGCCACGACCGCUUCGAAGAGAUCAAGCAUAAACUCACAACCGAAGAACAAGGUCUCUUGGUAUCAUUACUACUGCAUAUCUCGGGCGGAAGAAUGAAAGAGUCGAGUCUCUGGGAUAUGAUUCGUUCACAUGCUUUACUAAUGCAUAGUUCUGAUAACUUUGCUGAUGUUUGGUUGAGAUAUAAGCUUCGACAUGGCCAGACUGCACUUGCGAAGCGUAUGUUUGAGGAGGCCACUGGGGAUGGGCUGGAGCAUGCUUUCUCCACGCAAGUCAAGUCGAUCGCACAGGACUCAUCUGGCGACGGUCCAGUGAGUGUGACCAGUAGCAAUGACGAUGUCUUCCGGGCGAAGAAGAUUAUCAACACCAUUCCUCUCAACGUCUUGAAGGAUAUCGAGUUCUCUCCUCCACUGACACAACGUCGACAAGACGCCAUCAACAUUGGCCAUGUAAAUCAGAUGACCAAGGUUCACGCUGAUGUGAGUAACAAAGAACUUGAGAGGUGGAAUGGUAUGAAGUUCCCUGGUCUUCUCAUGUACGGCUAUGGCGAUGGCGUACUGCCGAAUGGCGAUGUCCACGUCGUUGCCUUCGGUGCAGAUGAACGCGAAACAUUUAUACCCGAGAAUAAUGCAGCGCAGACCAUUGAAGCUCUUAACAAGACCCAUCCCAUGGAUGUCAAGAGACUGAUGCUGCAUAAUUGGGCAACGGAUCCUUUCUCAAAGGGAGGUCCUGCCUGGUGGCAGCCAGGUUACAUGUCAAAAUACCAGGACGAACUUCAGAGUCGACACGGUAAUGUCUUUUUUGCUUCGGCUGACUGGGCCCAUGGCUGGAGAGCUGCUAUCGACGGCGCUUUGGAGCAAGGUUGUUUGAAUGCGCAGGUUGCUCAUCGCGAAGUCGUUGCUUCGAAGAAAAAGGCUAUCAGUAGUAGACUUUGA